UUGGGAACAUUAGAAGGAAACCAACAGCGUAACCAGAAGGACGGGAACAUCUAGGUUCGGCACCUUAACAUCAUCACCAUGGCUGACCCGGAAAAGCAGCCCGAACAACCUGCGGCUGUGCAGAAAAAAACUGUCAUCGCUACAAAAGUCACCGGGACAGUAAAAUGGUUCAACGUAAAGAGUGGCUACGGGUUCAUCAACAGAAAUGACACCAAGGAGGAUGUGUUUGUCCAUCAGUCGGCCAUAGUUAAGAAUAACCCGAAGAAGGCCGUACGAAGUGUUGGCGAUGGGGAAGUCGUCGAGUUUGACGUGGUGAUUGGCGAGAAGGGUAAUGAGGCGGCCAAUGUCACCGGGCCCGAGGGAGAAGCAGUCAAAGGAUCGCCCUACGCCGCGGACAAACGCCGCGGAUAUCGCCAGUGGUUUUACCCAAGACGCGGGAACGCAAGACCACAGCGGAGACCACGUGAAGGACAAGAGGGUUAUGAAUCUGGUGAUAAUAAGCCCGAAGGAGAAGUCCCUGCUGGAGAAGGUGGUGGAGCGCCAGUACGUCGGUACAGGCCCCGACGUAAUUACGAUGGGUACUACAGAGGGGGCCGUCGCUCGGGCCCAGCGCCUCAGCAGGGAGAAAAUGGGGGAGCCGAUGUUGGUGGUGAGCAGGGGGGAGUUGAAGGUACUGGUGACGGAGCACCACGCGGUGGAGCUGGAGGCCGAGGCCGAGGUGGACCACCUCGUCGCUUUUUCCGACGCAAUUUCCGCGGAGGCAGAGGCGGUGGCCCGCCCCGACGUCCUCGCAGUCAGGACGGACAGGUGAGUGAGGAGGAAGAAGGUGCUGGUGAGGGGGGUCAAAACGGGGUUCCCAAGAGAAUUCAACGUCCUCGGCAUCGAAGAAGUGUUCCCCGUCAAGCUCGUACUAGUAGCAGUAAUAAACGAAGUGCGAAUAAAGAAAAUGUACAGCCCCCUUCUGCGGAUAAUAAAGUCGAGACGAUUCCACCACUUCCCACCAAGAUUCUUGUUGAGGCUGGUGAUCAGCCUGUUCAGUCGGAGCAGAAGUCGGAUGCACCUAAAGAUAAAGAUGCACCUGCCAGUGCCCCUGCUCCCCAGGAGAGCCAACCACUGCAAAAUACAACCACCGAGAGCACAGCUUAACCAGCAAAAAUUGCUACUACUACCACCACCAUCGC